AUGCUUUUUCCCUCUUUUGUUCUGGCGACCUUGUCGCUAGGGGCAGCGGUCCGAAGUCAUGCUGGCUCGCCCUCUCACUAUGAUUUUGUCAUUGUCGGUGGAGGCACCAGUGGAUUGGUCGUCGCCAACAGACUCUCAGAAAUGAACAAUGUCACUGUGGCUGUCAUCGAGGCCGGAGAAUCAGCACUGAACAACUUCAACGUGUCUAACGUCAUGGGCUACAGCACCGCGUUUGGGACUCAGGUCGACUGGGCCUACAAGACCGAGAACCAGACCUAUGCAGGAGGCCUGCAGCAGACUAUCCGUGCUGGAAAGGCUCUUGGUGGUACGAGCACGAUCAAUGGAAUGUCCUAUACUCGGGCCGAAGACGUGCAAAUCGACAAUUGGGAGGUGGUCGGGAACAAGGGUUGGAACUGGAAGAACCUAUUUCAAUACUACAAGAAGUCGGAAGGCUUCCAGGUGCCUACCAAGGACCAAAUCGCUCAUGGUGCUAGCUACAACGCUAGCUAUCAUGGCCGGAACGGCCCUCUGAAGGUUGGCUGGCCUACCUCCAUGACCAACAGUAGUGUCUUUCCCGUCCUUCAACAAACCUUUGAGAAACUGGGCGUUCAGUACAACCCCGACUCCGAAGGUGGGAAGAUGGUCGGAUUCACUGUCCACCCCGACACUCUUGACAGGGAGAUGAAUGUUCGCGAAGAUGCUGCCAGAGCUUACUACUGGCCGUAUGAAGCCCGCUCAAAUUUGAAGAUCAUCUCGAACACUCGCGCAGACAAGGUCAUCUGGGCCAAUGCCACCCAGGGAGAGGCUGUUGCCGUGGGAGUCGAGGUCACCAACGCUUACGGCACGGAAACGAUCUACGCUGACAAGGAGAUCAUUCUGUCGGCUGGUGCGCUUCGAUCCCCUGCCCUUCUCGAGCUGUCUGGCGUGGGAAACCCCGCGGUCCUCAACAAGUACAAUAUCCCCGUCAAGGUCAAUAUAACCACCGUCGGCGAGAACUUGCAAGAUCAGACCAACAACGCCCUCACCUGGGAAGGCGUCGAGACGCUGACUGGCUUGGCGACCUUCUCCGUUUUACCCUCCGUGAACCAGCUCUACGGUGACAACGUCACUGCUCUAGCUUCCUACGUCAAGUUCCAACUCGUCACCUAUGCAAAAGUCGUCGCCAGCGCCUCUAACAGCGCCGUCAAGGAAGCCAAUCUCGUAGAGGCUUUCGAGCGCCAGUAUGAUCUGAUCUUCAACUCCCAGGUCCCCUACGCGGAAGUUGUCUUCGCCCCCAGUGGGCAAUCGUUCUCCGUCGAGUACUGGCCGCUUCUCCCCUUCUCCCGCGGCAGCGUCCACAUCCAAUCCGCGAACGCCUCCGACCUUCCUGCCAUCAACCCCAACUACUUUAUGUUUGGGCAAGACGCUGAGGCUCAAAUUACGGUAGCGCAAUACAUCCGCAAGGCUUUGGGUACUGCGCCUUUGAGCGGUCUUGUGGGCGAUGAGGUUUCCCCCGGCCUCGACGUGCUCCCUGCUAGUGCAUCCAGCUCCACUUGGACCAAGUGGGUUGAGGCAAACUACCGAACCAACUACCACCCCGUUGGCACUAACAGCAUGCUUCCCCGCGAGAAGGGCGGUGUUGUCAGCCCCGAGCUCAAGGUUUACGGUACCAAGAACCUCCGCGUGGUCGAUGCUUCAAUCCUGCCGUUCCAGCUCUGCGGCCACUUGACCAGCACUCUGUAUGCUGUUGCCGAGAGGGCUUCCGAUCUGAUCAAGGAAAACUAUCGGGCUUAG